AUGGUGCUGGUGGAUGAGGAGCUAGGAGCUCCUUUCGGCUCUCCUGGUGACUUUGCUCGCUCGUGGGAUGGACCAACCGACCAUAUAAUGUCAGGCUCUGCUGAAGUCCGAUGCACCAAACGUGGUGAAGUAGUUGUCACGCUACUCGAGGAUGAUGUCCCAGUUGUUCUCCUUUUUGUGUCACAAGAAAGUUCAUCAUCACCAAUUUCGACCAGCAAAAAUCCAGACAAG